UAUGUUAUUUUUGUCUGGAUAAGCCAACUUGACCACUUAAUAUUCUAUUGACCUUAAAUUUUUAAUUCGUCAGAACUAACCUGAGUUGUUCAUGUUACAGAUUAAGAAAACUGCAGAAAAUAUUGACGAGGCUGCAAAAGAACUUCCAGAUGCUAAUUUGAGGCCGGAGGACUUAUGGGCCAACCACUCAAAAGUAGUUUUACCGAAGCCACAUAUGAAGGAUUCUGCGUCAUGGAGAGCCGUCCAAAAAGUUCGUGAGGGUGGAGAAAACAUUGAUCUGAAACAUUUCAGGCCUGUAAAACCUUUGGGGUCUGGUGAUACUGGAAGCGUGCACUUGGUGGAGUUGCUAAACACAGGUGAAUACUUUGCCAUGAAAGCGAUGGAUAAAAAUGUCAUGCUUAAUCGCAAUAAGGUCCAUAGAGCUACUGCUGAACGACAGAUCCUUGAUAUGUUGGACCACCCGUUCCUUCCAACAUUGUAUGCAUCAUUUCAGACAAAGACACAUAUAUGUCUCAUUACAGAUUACUACCCUGGCGGGGAGCUCUUUCUGCUCCUAGAUAGGCAACCUCUGAAGGUUUUGCGGGAAGAUGCAGUCAGGUUCUAUGCAGCUGAAGUUGUCAUUGCACUUGAAUACUUGCAUUGUCAAGGUAUAAUCUACCGAGACUUGAAGCCAGAGAAUAUCUUACUUCAUAGAGACGGGCACAUAUCCCUGACAGACUUUGAUUUAUCUUGCCUGACAUCUUGCAGACCGCAGGUCUUUCUUCCAGAAGAAGGUAAUAAGAAAAGCAGGAGGAAAAGCAGGAGUUCACCCAUAUUUUUUGCGGAACCUAUGCGAGCAUCCAAUUCAUUUGUUGGUACAGAGGAGUACAUCGCACCUGAGAUUAUUACCGGAGCUGGCCAUACAAGUGCUGUUGAUUGGUGGGCGCUAGGGAUUCUUCUGUAUGAAAUGCUGUAUGGCUACACACCCUUCAGAGGUAAAACCAGGCAAAGGACCUUUGCCAACAUCCUACACAAGGACAUCAGAUUCCCCGCGAGUAUAUCGGUGAGCCUCCCAGCGAGGCAGCUGAUCUACAGGUUGCUGCACAGGGAUCCUGCGAAUAGAAUGGGAUCGUAUGAGGGAUCGAAUGAGAUAAAACAACACCCGUUCUUCCGCGGCAUCAACUGGGCCCUUGUGCGGGGCACGGCUCCUCCAAAGAUGGACGCUCCACUGUUGUCGGACGACAUGGACAAGGGAUUGGGCGACGCUGCUGCCGCCGCUGAUAAUUACACCGACAUGUUCUGAACGAAGAAGGUGGAUGGACAGACAGAGAUGCCAAAGAUGUAUCCUGGCCGUGCUAGCUCAAUCAUGCGUGUUUCGUUUGCUGUUGCUGGCUGUUUUUUUCUGUUGGUACCCAUACCCAUACUUCGGUAGGGGAUGGAAUAAGCGCUGGAGUUGUUGAGCGCAAUGUAGUAGUCCUGUACCGGGAUAGUAUUAAUAAGCAAUUAAGGUGCGUA